GGAAGUGCACCAGGAAGUGAAGUUGCUUUGUAGAUUGCACACACGCUGUCGCCUUCGUCUUCAUGAAGAAAAUCAUGGGAGCUUCUUGUUGCUUCCCAGAGUGACUCCAAUGGACCCAAGCAUGAUGUGAAAGAAUGCGUUUCUGUGUCUGAAGGUGGAAGUAGAGACACAAGUGAAGAGUGUGUUAGUUUGAGCCAGUGUGUGUGUGUGUGUGCGUGUGUGUGUGUAAGACCUUGUUUUGUUGCCAUGACAAAAGCUUCGCUGAUCAAACUUAUCCUUCUUGUGAUCCUCGCCUUCAUCAUCUGCCUCCCAGAGUUCUUCAGAACACACUCAGCAUCAAGGGUAAACUUCCUUUGCCUUACUCACCAACUCUGUAAGAUAAAGAGCAACAGGAGGCCUGGAAAAGCUGAAGAAAUGAGAAAAGACAUCUGUGAUGGUUUUUGGAGUCCAGCUCCUGAAACGUGGGAGCAGAUCUGCACCCAGAAGAAUCAAAGCAACAGAACAGAUCUCAGGAUGCCUGAAGCUCAGGGAACCAGAACAGAUCCAGAAAGGAGCUGGUUCCUUUGUGAAGCAGACAAGAACAUGGAGGAACUCUACAACAUCUCAGCUUCAGGUCUCGACACAUAUUUUGAGGUAUCAGUCGAACUCCAACUCAACGAUUCAUUUAUCCUGAAUCUGAAUUUCUACGGCCACAGUAAUGACAGCUCCUUACAUCUCUACCCAACUGAGGAGCACCAAACGGGUGACGAUGAAGGCCAGAGAGAGGCAUUUUACUGCUGUCCUCCUCACGUUCCCACAGCUAAAUCAGCCAAUCAAUGCCUCUGUCACCUUUGGCUCGCCAAUCAAACAGUUUUGACUGGAACAGAAGAGGAAAAGCUGCCAUGGAAACAGCUAGAUAAAGGUGAGUGGUGGUGUGUGUCCAGGGUGAUCUGGUUGUUCCUGCUGUGUGUGGUGCUGCUGACUGUGUUCACCGCUGUGAUCAGACAAAUCAACUGGAGAAAACUCUUGGGCAAAAAGUCCAAGGUACGGCCCAUCAGUCACCACUCUCCCAAUCAGAAACAAAAUGCUGUAGAGAAGAAAUCAGACGCUGAGACCUUAAAAGAAGGAACAAGAAGUUUUCACCAGUCAUAUGGACUUCAGAUUUGUUCAAAACUUCCACCUAUUCAAGAAGCUGGCAGUCAAAGUGAAAUUGAAACUCUACUGGAUGAAAACACAGACCAAAGCGUCACUGGAAAUCUGCACCAUCGUGUUCACAUUCCUACAUUUGUAGAUGUGGUGACAAAGAAGCACCUGAGGAGCUCAGAAAGCAACUUUAGUUCCACUGAAGACAAAUAAAAGUGGCUGCAUCUGAUCCACCUCGAGGUGGAUCUACAUACGGUUAAUUUGACUGUCUCAUCUUCAAGUAUUCAAUACAUAAUUAAAAUGUUUUAACAUUGACAAGCAAGCUGUCCUAAUUCAAAUGAAUUUAAUGCCCUGUAAACAUAUUUCUUCUUUGGUGCAACUAGUUUUGAGUCUGGAAAACUGUAAACAGUUGGUAAAGUUUCCAGCUGAAGAAAACAAAACAUUCUACAAGUUGUUUAUGUGAUAACUUUCUCAUCUACUCUGGAGAAUCUUUAAAAUUAGAGAAGCAGAGAAUAAACACAUUUUUUUCUGUCAUUAAGCUGAAUAAGAAGCUGUUGUAAUCUACAGCCCAUGAGCCACAACAUUAAAACCACCAGGCUCUACAAACCUCAAGGGUUUUGUGGGUCUUGGGCUUUAGUGGUUCAACGGAGUUCCGUUUGUGCUAAAAUAUGUUCGUAUUUGCACUUGUGCAGUCUGAUCAAUAUUUGAAACAGAUGCUAAGUUGAGACAAAACCUGCUUUAAAACCUAUAUGAAGACACCUGAAAAGCACACUGAACAUACUCCGUGUAUAAAACGUGCCAUAAAAAUAAAGAUACCUUGCCUUCUUGCACUAUAUUUUAUUCUUUUCAAUUUGGACAUUUUUACUAUUUAGACUCUUAAUAAAUUAGAUUUAUAAUAUUAAACUUUUUUUUAAAGUUAUGAAAAGGUGGUAGCCGAAGGGUUAGGGCCUGUUUGAUCUUCGGCUACAAAAAGCUAGCUCUCAGUACGUGGAAAGUCACCUCUCUGGUGGGGAAAGAGCCGGAGUUGGUGUGUGAGUUUGAG